AAUUUGUAGAGCGUAUACUGAAAAAACAGUACCAUUCACGUAAUAGGCGUAACUAGCGGAAGUGAUCAUUACAAUUUUUUUUAUUCCAUUUUUCAACUAGUCCGUGCUCAAACAAAAUAUGGAUAAACCGCGUCCGUUUAUGUGUUAUUUUUGUAACAAAACAAUUGAGAACGAUACUGAAUUCGGCCAUAUAUCUACGUGUGGAUCUGUUUUGGAACCGUGCGCCAAUAAAUGCGGAUCUUACGUGCCGAGGAAUAUGCGGGGGAAGCAUUUAAGGGAGUGCAAAAAUAAAAUGUCGAAGUCGACGAGUAGAUUGAACAGGUUAUCCAUAGGUAAUGACAACUACGAUACGAAUGCGAAUGAUUCACGCUCUGCAUACAAUAAUACAGCUACCAUGCCUAGGAUUGCGAAUGGUGCCAAUAUCGACUUGAUCGAAUUGAAAUACAAAAUUCAUGGUUUGGAGCAGUUCUGCAAUCAAUUAUCUCAAACGAUCUUAAUGACUAAAUCCCAGCACCAAGACGCAAAUCAAAAAAGCGAAAACUCCAAAAUGCACUUAAAGAUGGCUUUCGAUAAACUACAGUACCAGGUGAAAAUUGUACUGGAGUGGAAGCGAGGUUUAGAGUUGCAAAUGGAAAAACUGAAUCGUGACGUUGACCUUUUUUCAAAAUUCCAAAGAGAAACUCUGAGCAAACUGGAGAACUUUAGGUCGCUGCAUGACAGCAGCCAGAAAAUCGACACCAACAUCAAACUAAUGCAAGUCAAUUUUCACAAAGAGCACCUAAACAAUCAGGAGUUGAUAAACAGGCUACAACAGGACCUAAACGAAUUCAAAGACUAUUUUGCGCAAGAAAACGCUGUCAUCGGCGCGCUGUGGAACGAUUCCAGAAUUGAAGCGGAUAAACUAAAAACCGAACUAAAUGCCGCGAGCAAAACGUUGGAAGAAAACAAAAGUAAAAAUACGUCAAUUGUGUUCGAUUUGAGAGCGGUGAGCCAAAUCUCCUCCGAAACCGCCGAUAAAUUGGACAUACAGGACCGAUCGUUGGGAGUUAUACAGAAAGAGGUUGCGCAAUUGAAGUUAAAUCUGGACGCGUUAGACACUGAAAGUAACGUGCAUGGGACGGUGAACUUUCCAGGUCAACUUUUAUGGAAAAUUUCGAAAUUUAGUGAAAAGAUGGAGAAUGCGAAAGAGAACGAUACGAUGUUGAGGAGUCCCAUCUUCUACACUCAGCACUAUGGAUAUAAAGUCAGGCUGCAAGUCUUUUUGAACGGUAUCAAAAAAUGGAAAGGACGACACUUAAUCGCCUGCUUGCAUGUCUUAAAGGGGGAUUACGACUUACUACUAAAAUGGCCCUGUUGCAUCGAAGGGACGUUAAUUUUAAGGGAUCUCUACAAUCCUGUAAAUCCUACAAAUUUCUCCAAAUACAUUUGCGCCAAAAGAUACGCCGGCGACGAAGACAACGAAGAGCCACAAGAAUCUUCAACCCAGUAUAUUUUUGUCCCUCACACAACUUUGUUAAAACAAAACUUUAUUAAAGAAGAUACACUAUUUAUAGAAAUAAAAACUUUUCCUUCCAGUAGUAAGAAAAGUGAUGAAACUGAAUUGUAAUUUCCUAUUUCAAUAAUAAACCUGGUGAUAAUUUUUGUAUCCAUA